UUUUUCAACGGAGAGGAAAUCCUAAGGAAAUGUGUGGGAUCACGCUCGGUGUUUCCAAAGAGCUCAGGCUUUAUUGACAAACUAUUUGCAAUUGUGUGGACGUUUUGAUUUGUGAGCAUACCGAUCUUACGAUACAACCGCGGGUGUGGCGAAAGAGAAGUAAAAAAAAAGGGGGGGAAAAGAGGGGAAGCGACCAUUGUUAGGUCAAAAUGUCGAUUCAGUACGAGGUGGAACAGCUGGCUGACAGCUACGGGGUUGCAGACUCGUUCCCCAAAGAUUUCGGCUAUGGUGAAGAGGAGGCCGACAUCGAGGACAGCCCGUCGCCGUCCGACAGCAAACCGAGAAUCCUGCUGAUGGGUUUGAGAAGGAGUGGUAAAUCAUCGAUACAGAAGGUGGUGUUCCACAAAAUGUCCCCGAACGAGACCUUGUUCCUGGAGAGCACCAACAAGAUCUACAAGGACGACAUCUCCAGCAGCUCCUUUGUCAACUUCCAGAUUUGGGACUUCCCGGGUCAGGUUGACUUCCUCGACCCCACUUUCGACUACGAGAUGAUCUUCAGAGGAACAGGGGCUUUGAUAUUUGUCAUCGAUGCCCAGGAUGAUUAUGUGGAGGCCCUGGGCAGGCUUCACCUCACCGUGUCGCGGGCCUACAGAGUCAAUCCUGAGAUCAACUUCGAGGUGUUCAUACACAAAGUGGACGGCCUCUCAGACGAUCACAAGAUCGAGACCCAGAGAGACAUCCAUCAGAGAGCCAACGACGACCUCGCAGACGCUAGCUUAGAAAAGUUGCAUCUCAGCUUUUACUUGACGAGUAUUUACGACCACUCCAUCUUCGAGGCCUUCAGCAAAGUGGUACAGAAGCUCAUCCCUCAGCUCCCCACUCUGGAAAACCUCCUGAACAUCUUCAUUUCUAAUUCAGGGAUCGAGAAGGCCUUUCUGUUCGACGUGGUCAGUAAGAUCUACAUCGCCACAGACAGCUCUCCUGUAGACAUGCAGUCCUAUGAGCUGUGCUGUGAUAUGAUCGACGUAGUCAUCGAUGUCUCCUGCAUCUAUGGACUGAGGGAGGACGGCAGCGGCAGCGCCUACGACAAGGAGUCCAUGGCCAUCAUCAAGCUCAACAACACCACUGUGCUGUACCUGAAAGAGGUCACCAAGUUCCUGGCCCUUGUCUGCAUCCUGCGAGAAGAGAGCUUCGAGCGCAAAGGAUUAAUAGACUACAACUUCCACUGUUUCCGGAAGGCCAUCCAUGAAGUAUUCGAGGUGGGUGUGUCCACCCAGCGUCCAACAGGCACCCAGGCGGUGGGCUCACCCUGCAACAAGGCAGUGGCACUUAACGGCACGCCGCGCAACACUGUCUAGACACUGAUGCAAAAUAAAAAAAAAUAAAAAGACUCAAAAAGAGGGAUGAAGAAAAGAAAAUAAGAAGAAAGAGUGUGGGAGCCUGUAGAGGAGAGACAACUAAACUGGAGCUCACCGACGGGCCAACUACAAUCCCCUGCUCCCAGCACCUAGAGGACUGAGAGACGGACGGCACUGGAGCACACUGGGGAUGGAAGGGAAAUUCAAGCAUUCGUUUCAGGAAAACGCAAAGCACUGUGUAAGCUGUGAGGACGUCUAAAGAAUAAAACUGGACAGGGAAAGGUUCAGGACCUUUCUUUGGAUUUUCCGAAAGGGGUCAAAGGCUGUCAUGAUUGGCUGCUGGUCCCUCUGAAUAAACAAUGUGAGGAGGAAAUACACAAACACACACACACACACACACACACACCUGUGUUGUGACCUCUCACUAUGGACAAACUGUGAUGUCAGUCUUCAGGAAUCCGUCUAGUGAUGAACCCACCCCGACCACUUCUGUGCUGAUGAAAAGAUGGCGGACGUGAACUGCUGGUCCUAACCCCCACAUGUUCAGAGAUGGCCUUAUGUAGAUGAAGCUUGUCCGCAGUGCAAGCUUUCUCUCACCACCACUCACCUCACCCUACCUGAAUGCUGCCCGAAACUCGCUUUUUGGUUUCACUUGUGAAGGGAAAACAGACUUAAAAGGGAUCGUGCUGUCCAUCUUACUUGGUCUUGUGUGUGUGUGUGUGUGUGUGUGUGUGUGUGUGUGUGUGUGUGCGCGUGCGCGUGUGUGUGUGUGUGCGCAGGUAUACAUGUAUAGUAUGUAUGUAUGAGUGAGUGUGUGAGUGAAAACGAAGGUGUUGAUCUGAUGAAAUCCCAGACUGGGCUCUGUGUUUGUACUAAUGAAGGACAUUUACAGAAAGAUUCUCAAUUAACAGCAGCUUAGCAUAAUUAAACCCUUCUCAAUCAGUGAAAUUUACUUUUCUGUGUGUGCUCCACUGAAAAUCAAACAUGUGAUCGACUUUGUAAUAGGUUCCAAGAGUAAGCGUGGAUUGAAAUUUGGCAAUAUUAUUUGCAAAAGCACUGCCAAAAUGAUUGAUUGAGAAAUGGUAAAAUGAUGAAACUAAAUCCUCUUUGUUGCAGACAGAAAUCCAUCAGAUCUGGUUUGAGUGGCAGGACUGACAGAAGGUUGAGUCGUGAUGACAUGAACUUAGUAAAACUUGCAUGUUUGUCCACCAAAAGUUUCAGUCCUGCCCAAAUUAUUGUGAUCCGAUUUUGUUGUUUGGCUCUUUUCAGCAGGAUUCACAAAAAUCAAAAUGUACCCAUUCCAAGCAUGCAUACAUCAAUGUGUUGUCAACUUGUACUGUUCUCAAUCAUAACACUGCUUAGUGUGUUCAGAGAUGGGGGAAAAAAAAACAAGACAAUUAAACGGAUCAAGGGGGAGACAAAGACCAAAUUGAAUCAUUUUUGCCAUUAAAAAAGUGACACCUGAGAUGUCCAUGCCUGCAUUUUCUGUUCAUAUCAGGGAUGAGGAAUGGAAAUCUUUGUGUGUCUGCAGUCCAGGACCCUGAAUCCUGAAGCAUGAUGAGCAAGUUAGCUUCUUAACUUUGCUGAGUAAAGCGUUUGAACUUCAGAUUUUACUUAGUAAAGUUAUUCUACUGGAACUUGCCUCAUGAAACAGGCCCAGGUUCUUCUCGAGUCGGCCAUCAUAACCAGUCACCUAAAAUAAACACUUGCACAUCAAAAAGGAGAUGGAUGAUUGAUUUGUGUAUUGUGAUGCUAUCUUAUGUGAAAUAAAAGAAAAUUUACAUUU